GCCCUGUCAAACGGCCGUGUUGAUUUCCCCGUUUAUGAGCUGCUGCCAUUCCGCGAUUCGUUCCUUCCCGCGAUUCAUGUGUUUUCCGCGUUGAUGAGCUGGUCCGCGAUUUAUUGAACUAAACUGAUGCUUAUCACACGAGGCUAACUCGCUCGCCGCAGCAGCAAUUUCAGCGCCAUCAGUUCGUCGCCUCCCACAUACUUCCAGUGCUAUUUCCGCUAGCAUUACAGCAGCAGCAGCAGCAGGGGGGAAGUAGGUCUCGCCCACGCAGCGGCAAGCCACAUCGCUCUGCCGACUUUCGUACAGUAUCUGAGGCAGCUUUUGAGGCGCCUCGUACAGUAUCUGAGGCAGGGACCAGAAUGGCAGUCGCCGCCGUUAACGCCGUUCAAAGCGGCGCCCUCACCGCUCGCCUCGCCUCCGCACAGCCCGCCGCAACUUCCGCCAUUGGUGGCUCCGGAUCUUCCUCUUCCGCGUCCUCCCGCGGCUCCCGUCUAACACUGGCGCAGUCCGCCGUUCCCGCCUCGGGGCUGUUGUCCGCAAGGCCCACUCUUACGCGCACACUUGCGCCGACCUUACCGCUACUGCGCGAUGGGUACUCCUCGUGUCGCGCCAACAAGCGAUCUCCAACGGUAACGGUAACGGUAACGGCGACGAUAGCGGGUUAUGGCAUACCAGAUUACUCCAGCCCUUCAGCGGGAGAUGCGGCGAGAACUGCGGGCAGCCCUGGCGCCGCAGCAAAGCCCUCCGCUUCCGCAAGCCCUGCGGCUGGCGCGCCCAGCGGGGGUAGCAGCAGCGGGGGGAGUAUCGGCGGAAGUUCCAGCAGCGGGAAGGGGGGGACGAAGAAGGUCGGGGGCGACUCGAAGCUUGUGUUCCGGAACCCGUGGGAGUAUCAGGCGCCGGCGAACUACACCUCGCCGCAGAGCUACGUAAGUCCGCGGCCCUACGGCAUUCGCCUUACCACCGCGCCCCAGCCCCAACCCUCCGCGCCCAUCACCUCCCCCGCGCCUCCUCCCGCCUCCGCCUCCCCCUCCCCCUCCCCCUCCGCCUUUCCCUCCGUAUCCGCGGUCCUGUCAGCGGCGGAGGGCGCGGUCAGGGAGCGCGGGGGGGCGUUCCUGUGGGGGUGGGUGGAGCAGGGCUGGCUGGGCGGAGUGCCUGGGUCGCUGGCGCGCGUGUGGGCGUCCGUGGGGGCAGUGGCGGCCGCUGUUGCAGUCUCUGCUGCCGUCCGUUUCUUUCGCUGCAAGUCGCUCCCUGCCGUGCUGCCCUCUCUUCUCGCCGCUGCUGCGCUUGCGCUCGCCUCCUCCUGCU